AUCAUAAGUUGGUAUUACAUAACUCAACUUUAAUAAUGAACACUAACAAAAUUUACAUAUUUAUCGAGGAACUCUAUUUUUCUUUCUUUCUCUAUUUUGCACAUUUAUCGAAAAUUUUGAUCUUACAACUCUAUACUCUAAAUUCAGACGACUUCAUAACUAACUCACAAUUACGAACACCCUUAUUAGUAUGUUACAGUUCCACCAUAAAUAUAUAUUGAUACUUUGCAUUUCGGCUGUGUGAAUUGAAUUCAAUCUGGCUGAACAAAUCUUAGACUUUUGAAGCCAUUAUGUAAGAUUUCCAAAAGAUUUGUUUUAUUUCCAUCACUUUCAAUGUCCCACCACGUAGCUCUGACACUUGUGAAAAGUGGAGGAGGACCUAAUUAAACACUUCCAUUGAAUUUAGUGGAGUCAAUCAAUUCCGAAACAUUCUUAAUGAUUUCCCUCUAAAAUGUAUAAAUUCAAAGCAUAAACUCAAACCCCAAAUAUCCAAACAGAAAAUAUGUACAGAAAUCAAGAGGCAAGUGCCAUUCUUCUUAUUGCUAUCAAAGUGUUGAUGAUUCUAUUAUGUGCUGGCUGGAUUUCUCUUUGGCUCUUAAAACCCACAGAUCUCUGGACAAGAAAAUGGCAUCUUGCUGAAAAUAGUGCCCGAGCCUCUGCAUUUGGAUAUUAUGGUCUCAACUUCGUAGUCUAUACUUUUCCUGUUAUUGGUUUGGUUAUCAUUGGACUAGUUUACUUGAAUAUCAAACCCUCCAAUCCACAAACUUGCAGGCAAACAAAGUUCUCAACUUUUUGCAAUGUUCUCUCAAACCCACUGGUUGUGAACAAUUAUUUGGGUAUUUUAUCUGGAAUUGAGCUUCUGGGUGUUGCUUUGUUUCUCCUCUUCUUGGCUUGGACAUUCUAUGCUCGAAUUUCUAAGGAUUUCAGAAAGUUGGUACCUGAUGAAUCAUUCAACUUAAAGAUAUGGGAACUCAAGUAUUUAAGAAUAGCCACCAGGUUUGGCUUGCUAGCCGAGGCCUGUUUGGGUCUACUUCUUCUGCCUAUCUUGAGAGGGUUGGCUCCAUUUCGGCUAAUUGGCAUUCAAUUUGAAGCUUCAGUGAAGUAUCAUGUUUGGCUUGGUACUGCAAUGGUGUUAUUUAGCACCUUCCAUGGCGUAAGCACCUUGUUCAUUUGGGGGAUCAGCAACAAAAUUCAAGAUCAGGUGUGGAAAUGGCAGAACACUGGCCGGAUUUAUAUCGCCGGGGAGAUUACUUUGAUUACAGGAUUAGUGAUUUGGAUCACUUCCUUGCCUCAGAUAAGGAGGAGAAAGUUUGAGAUCUUUUACUAUACACACCAUUUGUACAUUGUCUUUUUUGUAUUCUUCUUGUUUCAUGCUGGAGAUAGACAUUUUUACAUGGUAUUUCCUGGAUUGUUUCUCUUUGGCAUUGAUAAGAUCCUCCGAAUCAUUCAGUCGAGAAUCAAAACUUGUGUUGUUUCUGCUCGAAUCCUCCCCUGCAAAGCUGUGGAGCUAACUCUGCCAAAAGAUCAAAGGUUGAAGUAUAAACCAACUAGUGUUGUUUAUGUGAAGAUACCAAGGAUUUCCAGAUUUCAGUGGCAUGCUUUCAGCUUGAUUUCCAGCUCGAGUGUUGAUAACGAAACAAUGUCGAUUGUUGUUAAAUGUGAUAAGUCAUGGACGAGGUCUUUGUAUGACAUGAUAAGCACCGAACGAGAGGGAGAGUCAGAUCAGUUGAAGUGCAUCUCCAUUGCAGUUGAGGGCCCUUAUGGACCUACCUCCAUGGACUUCCUAAGAUAUGAUCACUUGCUUCUGAUUGCUGGAGGAAUUGGAAUAACCCCUUUUUUGAGCAUUUUACAAGAGAUCAAUUCUAUGCAAAACAGUAGUAGAUUCAGAUGCCCUGCAAGAAUACAACUUAUACAUGUCAUGAAAAAGUCCAACGACAUUUCGCUACUCAACUCGAUCUUACCUUUACUACUGAACUGUUCGAACGAAAAAAUGCAUUUGCAACUCAAAGUAUUUGUGACACAAGAAGCUCAAUCUGGUGCAACUGUAGCAGAACUGAUAAACAAGUUCUCUCGAGCGCAAACUAUACAGUCAAGCACUGAACGUUCAAGUUAUGCAGCACAAGGGCUUGAAAGCUUGGACUGGAUGGCUGCAAUUACUGGAUUGACAACAAUCGUGUUCUUGGUCGCCCUAAUCAUGUUCAACCAUAUUGUCAUUCCAACCGAGAAAGCCUCUAAAAAGAUGAAAGAUCGGACUCCAUCGUGGAUCUCAGAUCUACUUCUGAUGUCUUCCUUUGCUUUAGCUAUCUUAUUUGGGGCAGUCGUUGGGAUUGUUUUACGAUGGCAAAGACUGAAGAAAGAAAAUCUAGCACUCAUCCAAACCCAAACGAAAACCCAAAAUGCAAUUACAAGUCCAGUAGUAAGAGGAAGUAGACAGGAAGAACAUGAAAUAUAUUUUGGAAAAAGGCCCAACUUCAAAGAGAUAUUCUCCAACAUCAAACAUGAAGACGGGGAAACAGAAAUCGGCGUGAUCAGCUGUGGACCGGAGGCGAUGAACGUGUCUGUAGCAUCAACAUGUAAGCAAAUUUCACAAGGUUUAAGGAAAGCUAGCUCAAAGAAAAAGAAACAAAAAUUUAUUUUCCAUUGCCUCAACUUCACACUUUGAUGUUGCUACUAACAAUAAGAGUAGCCAAGGUAGAAGACAGAGUUAGAAUUUGUCAACUUAAUAAUUUAGGAUAAAACAAAAAGACAUUAAUUAUACUCUUUGGCAUCAAUGUCAAAACCUUUUCUUUUACAGAAAUAGUGAAAUUUCAGACCAAUUUUUACUUCA